UCCGGAGCCGAGGGGGCGGGACUUGGCCUGCGAUUGGCUAGCGUUGGCCGACCCCCUCCCCCGCUGUCCAUUCCCGCUCGCCGGCUGGCGCCUACGCAGUGGGCGGCUGUGGGGGGCGGGAAGCUCCUAGGGGCAGUAGAGCCCAUGUCGGCCCUCAGGCGUUCGGGUUAUGGCCCCAGUGAUGGUUCGUCUUACGGCCGCUACUACGGGCCUGGGGGUGGAGACGUGCCCGUGCACCCACCUCCGCCCUUAUAUCCUCCUCGUCCCGAACCUCCCCAGCCUCCCAUUUCCUGGCGGGUGCGCGGGGGCGGCCCGGCGGAGACCACCUGGCCGGGAGAAGGCGGAGGAGGCGAUGGCUACUAUCCCUCCGGAGGCACCUGGACGGAGCCAGGUCGAGCUGGGGGAAGCCACCAGGAGCAGCCACCAUAUUCUAGCUACAAUUCCAACUACUGGAACUCUGCCCGACCUAGGGCACCUUACCCAACAAAUACAUAUCCUGUAAGACCGGAAAUGCAAGGCCAGAGUUUGAACUCUUAUACAAAUGGAGCAUAUGGCCCACCGUACCCCACUGGCCCUGGGGCAAAUACUGCCUCAUACUCUGGGGCUUAUUACACACCUGGUUAUUCUCAGAAUAAUUACUCCACAGAGGUUCCAAGCACUUACCGUUCACCUGGCAACAGCCCAACCCCAGUCUCUGGCUGGAUGUAUCCCCAGCAGGACUGCCAGGCUGAAGCUCCUCCUCUUAGGGCGCAGGUUCCAGGGUAUCCUGCACCACAGAACCCUGGAAUGACCCUGCCCCAUUAUCCUUAUGGGGAUGAUAAUCGUAGUGUUCCACAGCCAGGACCAUCUAUACGACCACAAGAGGACUCGUGGGCUUCUCCUGAUGCUUAUGGAAUGGGAACCCGUUACCCCUGGCCUGCAGCUGCGCCCUCAGCACCACCUGGGAAUCUUUACAUGAGUGAAAGUACUUCACCAUGGCCUAGCAGUGGCUCUCCUCAGCCACCUCCAUCAUCACCCCCCCAGCAGCCGAAGGAUUCCUCAUACCCCUAUAGCCAAUCAGAUCAAGGCAUGAACCGGCACAACUUUCCUUGCAGUGUCCAUCAGUAUGAGUCCUCGGGAACAGUGAGCAGUGAUAAUUCAGAUCAUUUGGAUUCCCAAGUCCAGUAUAGUGCUGAGCCUCAGCUGUAUGGUAACACCACCAGUGAACAUCCCAGCAAUCAAGAGCAAAGUAAUAAUCUUCCUGAAGAGUGUUUGCCUUCAGAUGAAGGUACUCCCCCAAGUAUUAAGAAAAUCAUACAAGUGAUGGAGAAGGUCCAAUAUCUUGACCAAGAAGUAGAAGAGUUUAUAGGAAAAAAGACAGACAAAGCAUAUUGGCUUCUGGAAGAGAUGCUAACCAAGGAACUUUUGGAACUGGAUUCAGUUGAAACUGGGGGCCAGGACUCUGUCCGACAGGCCAGGAAAGAGGCUGUUUGUAAAAUCCAGGCCAUACUGGAAAAAUUGGAAAAAAAAGGAUUAUGAAAGGAUUUAGAACAAAGGGGAAGCCUGUUACUAACUUGACCAAUACUCCUGAUUUGGGUUAUUUACCCUCUUUUUGAAAUGCCUGUUGAUGACAAGAAGCAAUACAUUCCAAUUUUCCUUUGAUUUAAAACUUGAAAAACUGGUAAAGGACUUGGAAAAACAUUUUCAUUAUGAAUUGUUUUCAGUUUUCAGACGAAUGAAUGUAAUAGGAAACUUUGGAGUUACCAAUAUUGCAAAGUAGGCUCACUUCCUAAGAGAUUUAUGGAUAUCUGCAAGCUGUUUCUUAUCAGCAGGAGGGAAAUACACUUUAUGUAACAGGCUUAUCAGAAACCUACCAGAUGAGACUGGAUAAAAUCUGAGACAAACAGGUUUUUUAAAACAUCUGGAUUACUUGUCACAUUUUUGUACAUUGUGACUGCUUUCAGCAUACACAUCGUGUAAUUACAGCUUGGACGUUAGCUUUGUGGGACCUCUGAUUUGUUUUGUUAUUGCAAUUCACAAAUACAGUAUUCUUCUCUA